AUGCUCUCCGAAACAAUCCUUAAGAUGCAAAAGGAACAGGAGAUGGAAAAGCUGCGCACAAAGUGGCUAAUCAGCCAUAAUGUCACGGUACCCUGCUCAAUCCAGUCGCCGCAAAGCACACUGACAGUACGUAACCAGCUUGGUAUGAGCAAAAUGUCGGGCGCGUUCUUUGGCCUGGGUGCAGGCCUCUUAUUCAGCAUCGCCGUCUGGCUGGUUGAGAUCUUCUGUUGGCUGCGCCGUCUGAAACGUCAAGUGAUCCGAGAUGUUGGCAGCCAACUGCAGCGCGCCAUAUGCACAUGUACAACAUACGGGGACCAGAUGCCUAUGUCGGAUAAAGUGCAGACAGUGGACAUGCAGGAACAGACGGGAUCACUUGAGGAGAGACUUUAUCUUCCAAAUAAUCACCAAAUUACAAACUGCACGCAAACCACAUUUCACAAGGUGACUUCUUUGUGA